AUGGAAAGUAGUCGCACCAACAACAAUAGUCAUAUCCCAUCAAAGGGAGUUCGCCGAACAAAUGGCGCACCCGCUUCACCGCCACGUCAAAUGAGCGACAUCGGUUGCCAAACCGACGUCAGCGAGAAACGUCAGCAACAAUGCUCGCGUGAUUGGUCGGAUUCGGGACCGGCUAGCGAUUCGCCAGGUGGUUCCGCCUCAUCGUCGAAUAAACCGCAAGCGCAGGCUCAAACGCAAGCUCAAAGAAAUUCGACUUCGAAGAAGUCUACAGCUGGCGUGAAUCCGGAUAGUGUUGCGGAUUAUUUUGCGGAUAAACAAACGGCGGCUCCUGGUUCGAAUUCAAAUUCCGGAUAUUCCUCCAAUAACAACACGAAGAAUCGAACUUCCUCAACAACCGGAGUCGUUGGAGAGGGUAAAAAAUGUGUGAGAAGUCAGCAGCCCUCUUCCACCACCACCACCAACAACACCAACGGCAACACCAAUUCCAACAAUAAUUCGAAUGGCGGAAAAUCGGAAGGACCAUCGUGGUUCGACGAGAAAUGCAAACUUCGUCUGUGCAUUCGCAGUUUUUCGCAUCUCGAUGAAACGUUGUGCUCCGAACCGAAAAUGAUCGAGGGAGUGUCGUGGAAGAUUAUGGUGAUGCCCAAACAACAUAUGGUGCAGAAACGACAGCAAAAGUGUAUGGGAUUCUUUUUGCAGUGCUCGCCGGAGAGAGCGUAUUCCGAGUGAGUUGCGAGGAAAAUAUGUUUUCUAGUAGUUUUCGACACGCUGAUCACUAUUUCGUUGUCUAAAAUUGCACAAUUCGAACCUAAUAUGAGAUAUGACGUGGCAAAGUUUGAAAAAUCGGGACUUUACGAGCUGAAACCUGAAAAACUUUCAAUAAUGAUAUUUUUCAUGCAAAUCUGGUAACAUUAGUUCAGAAGGUUCAUUUGAAAUUUGACAACAUAAUAAAAAUAUGAAGUCUUCUCAUGUUUUUUCAUUAUGUGAUCAAUUUUUGAAUGGACCUUCUGAACUAAUGUUAUCGACUUUCCUGAACAAUCCUAUGUUAUCAGAUUUGCAUGAGAAAAAAUCAUUUUGAAGCUUUUUAGGUUUCAGAUCCUAAAAUCUCAAAUUUUCAAACUUUGCCACGUCAUAACUCAUAUUAGGAGUUGAGUUGUGCAAUUUUAGACAAUGGAAUAGUGAUUAGCGGCUCGAAAACUACUAGAAAAAAUAUAUUUUAUCAAACAUCCAGAGUGAAAUCUGAAACAGUUUGAAGAAUUGCUGACUUACUUUUAUUCAAGACCAAAUAAAAUAUGCAGCGAUUUUGUUUCAAAUAUAAAACCAGAAAUGAUGGUUUUCACGUUUUGAAAUUGAAAAAAACCUUAUUUUUUUUCAAAAAAAAAAAGAAAAUCAAAAACGUGAACUAUGACGUUGCAAAAUCUCAUUUCUUUAUUUUAUUUUUUGAAAAAAAACGAUCAUUUUCACUUUCAAAAUCAGACCUAAAACUCGGUUUCACUGAAAAAUCCCCAUAAAACAAUUUUUUUUUGUAGCCAAUGGAGUGUUCACGCAAUCGCCGACAUGCGAAUGCUUUCCUAUCGAGCGUCAAUUCCGCAUUUCGCGCGACGAACGACACACACUUAUACAUCGAAAGAAAACGAUUGGGGUUAUUCGUGUUUCAUGACGUGGGCUGUAAGUGGUUUUAGAGCUGAAAAUUGGAGAUUUUUGAGGCUGGAACUUGUGAAAAUCGCGAAUUUUUAAGCCGGGAUUGACAAUAAGCUAAAAAACUUGAUCUUCUGAUCCUGAAAUCAAAAUUUCGAUAAGAAAGAAAAUGCGCCUUUUCGCAGUUUUCUUAUCUAAAAAUUUUCAGUCUGAAAAUAUUUGUUUAUCUAUUUCUCGAUGAAAAUUGAUAGUACAAAUUUUCAACCAAAAAUACUAUAAUUUUCCUCUUGAAAUUCCUUUAAUUUUUCCAUUUUCCCCCGCAAAACCUAUAUUUAUCACACAUUUUCUAUGCUUCUGAACUAUUCAACUAGGAGGUCUAUAAUUAGUAUAUCUAUACUAAAAUGUAUACUUUUCCCCUACUUUUUUUUAUCAAACACAUCUCCAUAGUUACCACGAAUAUAGGCUAUCUCCCAUUUUUCAGCAAGUUUUCAAGCACCGCCCCAGUAUCAUCAGUUUCAGAAUUGAAAAUUUAGUUUAGAAAUUUUUGUUUCAGGAUAUUUUGGACGAGAGUCAAGGAUAUAUCAAUGACGAUUGUGUGAUUCUGGAAAUUGCAGUCAAAGCUGAAGCACCCAAGAAUAUGAUGUGAGUUUGGUUUUCUGGCUGAAAAUUGGUCUGGAAAUGCACAUUUUGUUCAAAUCUUCUGAAAAUAUCCCGUUUCCAUUUUCCCCAAUAAAAAUGACAUGUGAUUUUUAAAAACAAAAAAUCCAAUUAAAAAAAUGUACACAUUUUGUAUUUUUUCUCCACAUUUUUUUUCAAUGAUAACAUCUUUUUGGUUUUAAGAGGCAAUAUUUCAUAAAUAUCAAAUUUUUCGCUGAAAACCAAAAAAUGGCUGAAAACAGGUUUUUCUGGAAUUUUUCUCUACAAUAUUCAAUAAUAAAAUGUUCUAGGAGCCACUCUGAUUUUCUGGACAAAAUCCAGAAAUGGAUUGUUUUGGCCGAUAUGCAAAUGACGAAGGGAAAUGUGGAUUUGGCGCUGGAGGCGAAUGAAAGUGUGAGUUUUUGAUGGGAAAAUGAGCUAAAAAUUAUGGAUUUUGGUCUGAAAUUGCUGCAGGAAUCCACGUGGAAUACACCUGAAAAUCUCCAUUUUCAGUAACAAAUCUGAAAUUUUGAAAUUCCAGGCCAUCAAAUUCUGCAAAGGAAAAGAUGACAACUGUCUGUUAAAACUCGAAGAUCAACGCAAAAUCUUUGUCAACGCCAAACUUGUGAGCAGUAUUCAACGAAUCGAAUCCAAAGGCAAAACGCCGGUGCAAUGCGUCGAACCGACGCACGGCAAACCGACGUCGUUGCGUCAAGCGUUGUCCGGUGCGCAAAAGACGUUGAGCGGCAAAAUUACAGCAAAAGGCGGAAAGAAGACGCGCGCUGUUGUCACUGUUCAACACAUGAAAAAUAAGAAGAAACCGUAUGAGUUUGUUUUUUUUGGGGUUUUUGAGCGAAAAACAAAGAUUUUCCACGUGGCAAAAAUAGGAGUCAAAAUUCUUUGAGGAUUUUUUCCUGAAAAUCAAUACAGAAAAAAUUGUGCACAAUUUUCAGUUUUUGAAAACUUCCACGUGGAUUUUGAGCUUCUAAACCAUGUUUUAAAAUUAAUUCUAGAAAAUUUUUGACUAAAAAUCCACGUGGCAAAAAAAGAGCUAAUUUUAAAAUCAAAAUUUGACUAGGAUUCUUUUCCUAAAAACAGUGUGUAAUUUUCAACCCAAUUCAAAUUUUCAACAAAAAGGAGAAAACAUUCUGCAAAAUUAAUCCAGAAGAAUUCCACAGAAGUUUUCAAAAUUCUUUGAAACAGUAAUUUUUGUUGCGAUUUUCGAACAUUUUUUCCCAAAUAUAUAGCUGUUAUCAGAAAAUUUUGAAACAGUAAAGAAUUUUUUCCAGAAACAAUAGUACAAAUCAGCAACGUGUCAGCAAUGGAAAUUCCACAGUCAAAGAUCUCGUCGAAAUUCGAAAAAACAAUAAUAAAUCUGAAGCGGCCGCAUCAGCCGCAGCUUCAGCAUCAGCAGCCCAAAAAGAACCUGAGAAAACGGAGAUACAUCCGUCGCUUGUUAAUUACAAGAAACCAACAGUCCCACCGGGUCAUGUUUGUGAUGACAGUUGUAGACGACGAGUAUUGGGUGAAUCGGAUGAGGAGGGAUUUUUGUCAGAUGAAGAGGAAUUUGUGUAUCAGAAAUAUGAGGAUAAUGAGGCAAAUGAUCGACGUUAUGCUAGUGAGUUUUGACUGAAAAUUUUGGAUUUCAAGCUUAUUUUCAGUGAAAAUGAUGAAUUUUGAGACAAAUUUCAUAAAAAUCUGAAAAUUGUUAGUUUUUCCCACAAUUUUCAUAUUUUUUUCAACUAGCUAUAUACACUACAAUUUUUUUCGAGAAAUUGUAGUUUUAAGCCUUUUUUAAGGAAAUUUUUACUAUACGAAAAUGAACUUUUGAGAAUUUGUUCGUGGAGAAUUUUAAGGCAAAAAAUUGACGCGAAAGUUCAAAUUCAAAUUUGAAAUCUGAUUUUUUCGCGCCUGUAAACCUAUUUUCAAAAAAUUUACAGAAAAUGCUGAAAUUUUAUGCGCAAAAAAAUCUUUUUCAAAUUUUUGAUUUUUGGCCCCAAAAUUAUUUAAAAUUGCUUCAAAAAGAUAGAAUUUUCAGUUUUCAAUUUGAAAUCCCAAAAAAAACCUUUUUCACUCAAAUCUGAAGUGCAAAAAAUGCUAAAUUUCCUCCAGAAAACUCAAUUUUUUUGCAGAACUCAAGUCCUACCCAAAUCCACCCGAAGAAAUGUCGGACGAAGACGAAGAUGAAAUCUUUGGCGACGUCGAAUGUCCACCAGAACACGCCAUUUCAGCCCUCAACAAUGGUCAAUGCCCGGAGCCCGAAUUUAUCGAAGAAGUUGAAGACGAGGAAUUUGGCGAUGACGAUGAUGACGACGAAAAUCGAUGGGAUGAAUCAGGAAUCACAACCGGAGACAAUGAAUUGUUGUAUCAAGGGGAGAAUAGUAAACAAGUUGUGAUGUGUGAUCGAGUUACCCAAACUGAAAAUGAUCCAGAGCAACAAAUUGAGGAAGAAGGUGUUCAUGACACGUCAUUUAACACAAUUGAUUUGUUCCGAGAUGAUAAUCAGGAGGAAGAUGAUGAUGAAGAAUUGCAUAAUGAUUGUCCGCCUUUCAAAAGAAUUCGAGAGGAUUUGGACCUGGCAGCAAGGCUUAUCGGAUCAGCGACAACCAAAAAUGGAGAAGUUCAAUUUCCAAAUGUUUUGCUGUCGGAUAGCAUGGCUUGCUAUAAUUAUAUGUUUUCGAAAAAGUAUGGAAGUGAGAGAGGCGGCACAAAUAGUGAUAGUGAUGAGCAACAACAACAGCACAGCCAUAAUCAUUAUACACCGUCUAUGGAGUUUCAUGCAAAGUGGAUGGAUGUGAGUGCGGGAAGAUUUUUGAGACUUUUGGUGUCAAAAUUUGCAAAAUUUGGAAUUUUUGAGAUUCUGAGGUCAAAUUCUAUGAAAAUUUGACUUGAAUUCAGAUCUGAAAAUUGGCUUGCUGAAAAUUUUAGGUUUUUAAUUCCAGGUUCUAAUAGUUUUUGAAUGAUUUAGAUUUUUGCCCAACCAUUUUUUCAGAGCGAAAUUGUUCAAAAAUGUUAAUUUUUUUUUUUCCAGACGAUACCAGAGCAAAAUUUUAUUGUAACAGAUUAAUAAAAAGAAUUUAGUUCUCAGAAAUUAGUUACGUCCAAUGCUGUGCUUGAAAACUAGGAUUUUGGAUGGAAAACUAGGUUGCCCUUGCUUUUUACCCUAAAAGUUGCAUUUGAAGUCGAAUUUUGACCUCAGAAUGCCCUAAAUCGAAAUUUUUGCGAAUUUCAGGUCUAAAAAAAAUCUGACCGAUGUUGUAGUUUUUCCAGAAUGUCAAAACAUCCGGCGACGUCACCAAACUCAUCAACGCCCAAAUCAUCACCAGCGGUUUCGCCGAACUCAAUUUGGACGAUUCCGGUGAAUCAGUGGAAGCUCAAAACGGCGACGAAACUCCGGAUGAAGGUGCCGAACAUGAACAAGUGGUCAAAUACGACGCCAAGUUGCUCAAAGACUAUUUCAAUGUGGAAGGCGCGAUUUUGCAUGAUUUGAAGGAGGAUAGUGUUUUGGGAAGAUUGUCGGAUGAUGAUCGGAAGGAUAUUGUUGAUGAUCUAAGUGCAAAGAUCAGCCCAUUGAUUGUCACCCUUGAUCUUGAUUUUCGUGACAGUUUCUGCUCUGCACAAUUGUUUUUGGAGGAAUCGAAAGUUUUGUAUUCUGAAACACAGACAAUGUUAGAUGUUUGCGAGAAGAUUCGGAAUAAUCUGGAGGAUAAAAUCUAUCCAUUGAUUGGUGAGGUGAAUGGAAUUGAUAAAUCUAGUUUGCACACGAAAUAUCAACAAAAGGAGAGUACGACUACUACUACGACCACUACCAAAGUUGUGACAACUAGCGCUGCGGCAACAUCGGGAGCAAAGCCCAAAAAUCGACAUACGAUUAUUGCGCGACGAACUCGGCAGGUUUUCACGCGGAAUUCGGUGAAUCGAAACGAGGAGGCGAAUGAGCCGGCGAAUUUUGAGUUGCCUGUUGGACCUGUCAACACGUUGACCGAUUUGCAAUUGAAUUUGAGAAAUAUGAAUGAGUGGAUGAGUGUGAGUUUUCUAGAUUUUUGGAAUCAAAAUUAGCCGAAAACUAGGAUUUUCACCUUAAAAAGCCACAUUUAUGAUGAAACAGUGAAAUUUUUGCUGGAAACUGAAUAGAAUUUUUCUCAUGAUUUUCAAGAGAUUUUCACCUGAAGUUCUUGAAAAAAUGACAAUUUUGAAACGAAGUUUAUGUCUUCUUAAUAUUUUUUUAGCUGCUGAAAUUUCAGUCGAAGUUGAAAAUUGGCAGAUUUUUAUGAAUUUCGGGUGAAAAUUAGUGAUUUUUUCAAGAAUUUCAGCUGAAAAUCUCUUCUUGAUUUUUGAGAAAAAUCACAAUUUCCAGACCAAAAACGUGGCAAACUUCGAAAAAUUGGGAUUUUAAGAGCUGAAUCCUGUAUAAAGCUUUGAAAAUGUUUUUUUUUAAGUUUUUUCCCAAGUUUCAGCUUCUAAAAUCUCGCGUUCGUCGAAAACUACUAGAAAAUUAAUCUGAAAUUCAAUUUUUAACCCGAAUUUGUACUAGAAUCGACCUGGAAUUUAAAAAUUCAGAAAGUUUUUUUUUAUGACUGAAAUUAUUUUGAAAAUCGGGCCUGAAAAUAUCUAGAAAAAUUGUGCUUUUUUUUAGAUCAAAAUUAAAUUCAGAAAAAAAUCAGGUAAUACCCAAAAAAAAUAGGUUUAUAAUUUUUUUCAAAAAAAUUUCUCAUAAUUUUCUUCUUCAGACCCUCGUCCAUCGACUUCGUAUGAGUUCGAAAAAAAUUGCGUCAAUCAGUUGGUGA